ACUCGAGCCGGCCCAAUUUCUUGAUCAGAGUUUGGUAGACUGGCUUGGCUUCCCGCUUCAGCUCGGAGCCUCUUAAUAGUGUUUCCAUAAUCAUAGCAUCAUGUAGAAGAAGCAAAGGACGAGUGAGUAAAACACAGACCAAAUUCUAGGGUUUGAUUCUGCCCCCAAUUCUCUACCAUAUAGGGCUUGAUUGAUUGAUUUCUUCUUCCCCCAAUUCCCUUCCCAUGGACGAUAUGGCCGCCUACUACCCUCCUCCUCAGCCUCAACCACCACCUCCAGCUUCCUCUCACUACCCAUAUUACCAACCCCCACCGCCACCUCAUCCGGUGGCGCCUCCGCCUUCACACCACCACUUGCCUCCGCCCUACUUUCCUCAUAAUCAAUCUCCUUAUUCAUCCUACGCGCCACCGCCUCUUCACUCACCUGCCACCCACGAUGAGGUCCGAACCCUCUUCGUUGCCGGGCUCCCGGAGGAUGUCAAGCCCCGAGAAAUCUACAAUCUUUUCCGCGAGUUCCAGGGUUACGAGUCCUCUCAUCUUCGAAACCCCUCCCAAACAUCUCAGUCUUCAUUGGUUAGUGCUCUGAUGUUCUUCCUGUGGCAGCCAUUUGCUUUUGCUGUUUUUUUGGAUCAGCAUUCUGCAAUCGGGGCGAUGCAGGCGCUUAAUGGAAUGGUAUUUGAUCUUGAGAAGGGGUCAACACUUUACAUUGAUCUAGCCAAAUCAAAUUCUAGGCCAAAGCGAUCAAGAGCAGAUGAUGAAAGGUUUGGCUCAGAUAAGAGAGCUAGAGGGUCUUCAUUUCCAAGAGCGCCUACUGAUUCAACAGGUGUUGGCAGCAUGCACAUGCCUGGAAUGGGUAAUUCUGCUUACAACAUUGGUUAUCCAUCUACACCAAGCCAAAGGAAUUUGGACAGCAGAGCUGUAAAUGACAUAGGUCCUCCACAUUCGCAUAAUUCUUCAGCAUCGCAUUUACCACUCAAUAGUCCUCCAUGCCCAACUCUUUUUGUGGCCAAUUUGGGGCCAUCUUGUACCGAACAGGAGCUAAUUCAUGUAUUUUCAAGAUUCCCUGGGUUCUUGAAAGUGAAGAUGCAAGGCACAUAUGGGGCUCCAGUUGCAUUUGUUGACUUUGAGGAUACUGCUUGUUCAACUGGGGCCCUAAAUCAUCUUCAAGGCACAAUUUUAUACUCUUCACCAGCCGGUGAAGGCAUUCGAUUAGAGUUUGCAAAAUCAAGGAUGGGAAUGCGUAAGAGGUCAGAUUAAAUCAAGUGAACGAGGACAAUAGCUGUGUAGAGCAAAGUUGUCCUCCAUGAAAUUUCUUCUAGAUCUUCGAAAUUAUUUCGUUCAAUGUCAAAUAGUUGAUCGAAUUUUAGUUACCUUAUAGUACUGUGUACCAAAUUUAUGUAGACUAGAUAUAAGGCAAAGCAGUGGCCCUCAUCAUAAUAUAUUUUUCUUCUUAAAUGAAGGCAAAUUAUGUAGUCCCUCUGUUCAUUUUGAGGUGUGAGUACCCUCUAUGCAUUUUUAGCCAUUAGAUUUUUUUGUAAAAGUGAAAAGUUAAAUCCUAUGGUUGAGACUGAUUGAGGGGUAAGACUCUUGUUCAAAAUGGGUAACCUUCUGAAUUUUUUUGGGAAGAUGUACUUUUCUUAUUAAAAUUUUGAGAAACUUCAA